AUGAAAACAAUCAACUAUUUCAUCUGGGACAUACUCCAACAGUACAGCGGAUCAAACAGGAAGAACGUACGAGUCGUGAAGCUAUUCAUCCACCAGUUCGACGGCGCAGAAGGCAUAACCUACGGAGAGAUGAUCAACGUGAGUGCGAUAUACUUAGCGGGGUACAAAGGGAACCUGAAAUGGGAAUUCACUUCCUUGCUUCACCACGAGAUGACCCACGUCUUCCAGUGGAACGGGGAAGGGCACACGCCGGUAGGCCUGGUGGAGGGAAUAGCGGAUUACAUGAUCCUGAAAUCGGGUUAUUACCCGCCGGGCUUUGCAAAACCCGGACAGGGUGAGAGAUGGGAUCAGGGAUAUGAUUUCACGGCGAGGUUUCUGGAGUAUUGUGAUGGGUUGAAAUCAGGGUUCGUGGCCGAGUUGAAUAAGAUGAUGAGACAUAAUUACUCCGAGGAUUACUUUGUGGAGUUGACGGGGAAGCCGGUUGGCCAGCUCUGGGCUGAUUAUAAGGCUAUGUAUGGAGAGGUAUAGGUAGUUUGCCAAUUUCGCAGGUUGCCUAACUCAAGUGUGUCCAAAGUGCAACAUUUUGUGACUUCAUGAUUUAAAUCAAAUUUAAUUAAUUGAACGUUGCAAAAUUCUUAAUUUGUGGCUUCGAACAUCUAUGAACGAUAAACCUCUCUUUACGUA